AACGUUUUCAAAUCCGAGUACGCACUACAGUCCGUGGAAACAGUGGAGGACCGUGCUAAUUCCCAGCGAGCGAUGGUAUUCACUCCGCUGCGCGUGCAGGCGCUCACCACUUCGGGGAAAUGGCUUAUCUUUGAAAGAGCUCGAGCAUUGUGUCGGUUGUAAAAGACAUUCGUUUCUCGGAAAUGCAACAUGCGGCAAUAGUAAAUAGAGUGCUAUUAAUUCGUUUUUUUAUAAAAACGUUUCCAAACGCAUAUUUAUGUUUGAUUUGUAGCAUAAUUGUUAAUAAUUUUCGAUUAUUUUUUUCAUACGUGCAUAACAGGAUUUACACAUGCAAUGCUGGAAUGCUGAGGAUUCCUCUGACAGUUCUCAACGCGAGGGAUUAGUGAUGGAGAUUUGAUCUGCAAACAUCCACUUGUUUUUUUGUCGGGAUGUUAUUAAUAUUUACACGUUAUAGACACGAUUUAUGAACAAAUGCAAAGAUAAAGAAUAAUUGCAAAUACUAACCGCAAGUUUUUGUUGUUGAACGACGGGUGAGGGUGUACUGCAUGCAGCCUCUUCUGAAUGGUUGACGUAGACAACAUCGCAUUUUCAUUUGAUUCAUUCAACUUUUUGAUCCGAGGUACCACCUUUAUUUCCGUAUCAUGUUUUCACAUUUCAAUACAAUUCCGCAAUUGAGACUCGGUUAGUUUAGACUAAACAUCCAGUUGACUGCCUUCCUGUUAUAUCUGACCGGGGAGAAAGCACAGACGCGCGGUGAGACAUGGCUAAAAACCUGUCGGAGGGACCCAAGGAGCCAGACCUGAAUCAGCUACCGGAUGAAGAGCUGCUGCGAUGCGGCAAGGAGGAGCUGGUCAAGCGGCUACGGAGGCUGGACAACGAGAAUAUGAGCCUAAUGAUCGACCACGGCAACAUGAUGAAAGACGUUAACCGGAGGCUGCAGGUGCACCUGCACGAGAUCCGCAACCUGAAGGAGAUCAACCAGAAGCUCCAGGACGACAACAACGAGCUGCGCGAGCUCUGCUGCUUCCUAGACGACGACCGGCAGAAGGGCAAGAAGCUGUCCCGGGAGUGGCAGCGGUUUGGCCGGUACUCCGCGAACGCCAUGUGGAAGGAGGUGGGCACCUACCAGCUAAAGCUCAAAGAGCUCGAGACCAACCAGGAGAGGGUGGUGCGCGAGAACACGGACCUGAAGGAGAUCAUCUUCAUGCUGGAUGAGGACAGGAACGGAGUCGGUUCCCGGAGCUCCAUAGACUCCCAGUCCAGCCUCACCAACCUGAACGGCGGGACAGGGACAGUUCGGGAUGUCGGGGAUGGGAGUAGUACCUCCAGCACAGGGAGCGCAGGAAGCCCCGACCACCAUAACGGCCACAACCACAUACACAAGCUGCCCGCGGAGAGGGAGGGCAAGCUGGGAAGCACCUUCCAGAGGAGGUCCAUGGAUGACCUGUCAGCACCACACCAUCACAGGAGCAUCCCUAAUGGACUCUGUGGUAAGUCCAAGUUCCUACACCUGUCAUACACCUGUUAUACUCACCUGUCAUACACCUGUUAUACUCACCUGUCAUACACCUGUUAUACUCACCUGUCAUACACCUGUUAUACUCACCUGUCAUACACCUGUUAUACUCACCUGUCAUACACCUGUUAUACUCACCUGUCAUUCACCUGUUAUACUCACCUGUCAUACACCUGUUAUACUCACCUGUCAUACACCUGUUAUACUCACCUGUCAUACACCUGUUAUACUCACCUGUCAUACACCUGUUAUACUCACCUGUCAUACACCUGUUAUACUCACCUGUCAUACACCUGUUAUACUCACCUGUCUUACACCUGUUAUACUCACCUGUCAUUCACCUGUUAUACUCACCUGUCAUACACCUGUUAUACUCACCUGUCAUACACCUGUUAUACUCACCUGUCAUACACCUGUUAUACUCACCUGUCAUUCACCUGUUAUACUCACCUGUCAUACACCUGUUAUAGCCUACAUCUCUCCACCACACCUGUCCAUAGGCCAUCUCAAUGGGCCAUACCAGCCAAGCUUGAGCUGGGAUGCUGAAUGCAUAGGAUAAGGUGGAAUUAGACUUUGCACCAGCAGUAGUUACUAACAAAGCAGAGCCAUCCCUAUAUGGGUCUGAGACAGACAGACAGCUAUUCAGACAGACAUAUCGUUCAGACAGACAGACAUACUGUUCAGACAGACAGGCAGACAGACAUACAGGUCGUUCAGACAGACAGGCCAUUCAGACAGACAGUCCGUUCAGACAGACAGGCCAUUCAAAGAGAUAGACAGACUGUUCAGACAUACAGACCGCUCAGACAGUCCGUUCAGACAGACAGGCCAUUCAAACAGACAGACAGACUGUUCAGACAUACAGACCGCUCAGACAGACGAUUCAGACAGACAGAACUACAUCAUAACACAAGAGACGUUGGACAGUGAUGCUGCCAAGGCCUGAGUGGCCCUCCAUCCCCCAGAUGGAUUCAGUCAAGGCCUGAGUGGCCCUCCAUCCCCCAGAUGGAUUCAGUCAAGGCCUGAGUGGCCCUCCAUCCCCCAGAUGGAUUCAGUCAAGGCCUGAGUGGCCCUCCAUCCCCCAGAUGGAUUCAGUCAAGGCCUGAGUGGCCCUCCAUCCCCCAGAUGGAUUCAGUCAAGGCCUGAGUGGCCCUCCAUCCCCCAGAUGGAUUCAGUCAAGGCCUGAGUGGCCCUCCAUCCCCCAGAUGGAUUCAGCCAAGGCCUGAGUGGCCCUCCAUCCCCCAGAUGGAUUCAGCCAAGGCCUGAGUGGCCCUCCAUCCCCCAGAUGGAUUCAGCCAAGGCCUGAGUGGCCCUCCAUCCCCCAGAUGGAUUCAGCCAAGGCCUGAGUGGCCCUCCAUCCCCCAGAUGGAUUCAGUCAAGGCCUGAGUGGCCCUCCAUCCCCCAGAUGGAUUCAGUCAAGGCCUGAGUGGCCCUCCACCCCCCAGAUGGAUUCAGUCAAGGCCUGAGUGGCCCUCCAUCCCCCAGAUGGAUUCAGUCAAGGCCUGAGUGGCCCUCCAUCCCCCAGAUGGAUUCAGUCAAGGCCUGAGUGGCCCUCCAUCCCCCAGAUGGAUUCAGUCAAGGCCUGAGUGGCCCUCCAUCCCCCAGAUGGAUUCAGUCAAGGCCUGAGUGGCCCUCCAUCCCCCAGAUGGAUUCAGUCAAGGCCCACACAGCAGUGGAUCAACCUGCCGUAUGACAGAGUCUGACCGACUGGCUUUUUGGUGGACAGACACACCGCACCAUAUGUGUCACCAUAUGACUAAACUAUUGUUGUUGUUGUGGUUACCUCACUGUUGCUGUGUUUUAAUCCUCCCUCAUCCUGACGUGAAGUCAUGUCUGGGAUGAUUAUAACACACACACACACACACACACACACACACACACACACACACACACACACACACACACACACACACACACACACACACACACACACACACACACACACACACACACACACACACACACACACACACUCACUCACAAAGACACACACACACACACACACACACACACACACACACACACUCACAAACACACACACACACACACACACACACACACACACACACACACACACACACACACACACACACACACACACACACACACACACACACACACACACACACACACACAUACACACACACACACACACACACUGGAUGCUUAAGUAGUGUCUUCAGUGUAUCACAAUCAGAUUGAUGUGUGGUGAAUUAGGUCAGUGAGUAUCACGACCCUGAAGGAAGAAGAGGAGACUAUGUUAAUUGGUUUUAGAAGGACUCCGGCAAAUUGAUUUUGGAUGAGUUCACUGACUAUCAUUGUUGUCUUUGGCUGUCCUCCCUCUCUCUCUCUCUCGUUCUCGUUCUCGUUCUCUCUCUCUCAAUUCUGUUAGGUUUCUACACUACUUUCCUUCCAUCUAUAGCAUUUCUUAAUAAUAUGCAGUUCCUUUGGCUUUGAUGCCUUGUGAUUGAGUAUUGCUCUGUUCAAGUAGACUGUGAUUUUGCUGUGAUCUGAUAGGGGUGUCAGUGGGCUGACUGUGAACGCUCUGAGAGACUCUGGGUUGAGGUCAGUGAUAAAGUAGUCUACAGUACUACUGCCAAGAGAUGAGCUAUAGGUGUACCUACCAUAGGAGUCCCCUCACAGCCUAUCAUUGACUAUGUACAUACCCAGAAUGUGACAGAGCUGCAGGAGUUGUGACCCGUUUUUGUUGGUUAUGUUGUCGUAGUUGUGUCCAGGGGGAGGGAAUUAUGGGGGAGGGAAUUAUUUCACCUCCAGGUAGGCGUUUGUCCCACUGUGUGCUGAGGGUGUCAGGUUCUUGUCCAGUUCUGGCAUUUAGGUCGUCAGAGACUAGUACCUGUCCUUGUGUCUGUAAAGGAUUUACUUCCCUCUCCAGGAUGGAGAAGUGUCUUCAUUAAAGUAUGGGGAUUCUAUAAGUUUCACACAGGAGGGUAUUUCUCACCCGUUGAAAUCAUUUCCUUUUGAAUUUCUAGCCAAAUGUAAAAUGUUCCUGUUUUGAUUAAUUUAAUGAAGUGAGUUAGGUCUGCUCUAUACCAAAUUAGCAUACCCCCUGAGUCCCUUCCCUGUUUCACACCUGGUAGUUUGGUGGAUGGGACUACCAGCUCUCUGUAACCUAGAGGGCAACCAGGGGGUCAAUCUCCUCUAUACCAUGUUUCUUGUAGGAUGAUAAUGUCUGUAUUUCUGAUUUAUUUUGUGAAGUCCAGGUUCCUGCUGUUUAGGUCAAAGGCAGAUGACCUCAGGCCUUGGAUUCUCCAAGAUGAGAUAGUGAGGCUUUGUGUUCCAUAAAGUGUCCAAUGUUGUUAGUCGUGUGGUUUGGUCUCAGACCAGUAAGUGUGAGCAGAGCCUGCUGAGCAUCUGGUACAUGCCAUUGACUUGGGCUAGUGUAAGAGUGGUGGUUGGACCUGUUUACCUGCUCACGGCCGGGGCAAAUGUGUAACUUUCAUG